UCCAACGAUUCCGGCAUGGAGAUUGACAAAGGAUGAUUAAUCAUUUCCCCGCUGUCUAUUUUUCCCCCUUCAUCCGUCAUUCUGCAUAAGCUGUACUCUGCAAAAUUUCUUGGCGCUAAAAUUAAGAUCUGUUAGAUGAGUCUAAUGCUACGCAAUCUGUUUCGCAUAAAACCCAAUGUGAUUGAAUCACUUCCAUCAGCACAGUAUGGACAGUGGACGAAAGCACAACUGAUCAACAAGAUAAGGACAUUAAAGAAACAGUUAAACAAAGCAAACAGGAAUCCAGCUCUCAACUUCCGAACUCACGAAGGAAGACCAUUUGACAUAAGCCAAUAUCAACAGCAACGCAUCGCUUUAAAAGUCGCCUACCUGGGGUGGAAUUAUUCCGGUUUCGCUUAUCAAGGUGAUGAGAUAGCCACACCUACUGUGGAAGGUCAAAUCUUUAAAGCCAUGGAACACUGUAGACUUAUAUCAGAUCCUCAAGAAUGUGCUUAUACGCGUUGUGGAAGAACUGAUAAAGGUGUAAGCGGACUGGGUCAGGUGAUAGCGCUGAACGUUAGAAGUAGCAAAAAAAAGAAGGACGUGGUUGACAACAGCCUUCCACCCUCUUACAUAGAGAUGCUGAAUAGAAUACUACCUCACGAUAUUCGAAUAUUGGCUUGGGCACAAGUUCACCCGAACUUCAACGCCAGAUUUGAUUGUAAAUCACGCACCUACAAGUACUUCUUCCAGAAAGAGGAUCUGGAUUUGGAUCUAAUGAGAAAAGCGGGAAGUUAUUUAGUCGGCACACACGACUUUAGAAAUUUUUGUCGAAUAGAUCCGUCUAAAAACAUAGCCAAUUAUGAGCGGAAAGUUUUCUCAUUGGAUAUCAACAAGGUACACGACCACAGUCAAGAUGACUUUUAUGAAGUUCAAUUGAAAGGAUCAGCCUUCUUAUGGAACCAAGUAAGGAAUAUCAUGUCCAUUAUGUUCUUGGUGGGACAACGACUGGAAUCUCCAGAAAUUGCCCGAGAUUUACUAGAUUUGCAAAAAUAUCCUGCCAAGCCUGACUAUCCAUUGGCAGAUAGCUUACCCUUGAUGUUGUAUGAUUGCGAGUUCGACAAUAUUAGUUGGAAGUACGCAAAUGAUACGAUGGUUACAUCUAGAAGCAUCAAAAUGCCUACACCGGUCAGUACAUACUAUCAUCUUCAAGAACAUCGUUCUUCUCAUGCCAUCAAAAAUAUAUUGUACAGUACCUGCAUCGAAGAAGUUGAGCAAUAUCCAAUUCCGAACGCUCAUUUCACAUCUGCGGAGGACUUUGUGAAAAAGGCACAGACCCAGCAAGCAACUGUUUUACUAGGGGGAGGACACGCCAUUAGAACAAAUCAUUAUGUGAAAAUCGCGGAACGAAAACUAGCAGAUUCUGAUGAGGUAAAAAAACAAAAGUACAAUUUGAAGAAACAGAAAACAAAUCAAACGUAAAUAGACAAAAAGGCAAGGGGAUACCAGCUAUACGUGAGGCUGUCCUUUUUCAUAACAUACAUAAAUUAACGAAAUGUAGUCAUAAGAGAUAUGUCGAGUU